ACACCAACCAAACAAGACGUUCCAGCUCACACGCAUCACAUCAUCGAAAGGAACAACAAAAACGAAAAACGAUUGGAUUUACCUGACAGCUACCUUUCUUAGUCGGCACAGAGGACUCCAUCAUCAAUCUUUUCAUUUCACACAGUGGUUUACUUGUAUUGACACACCUUACGCAACAAGUUCGAUAAGGAAAGAAAGUUAUACUUGCAAUAGGCAUCAAAUAAAUUUGGUUCUGUCGUUCGUACUGCAAUAGUUGCGAUAAGUACUCGAAAGUGAAAAGAAAGUUACAGCUGGGAGCUCUGUUCUCGCAACAAUUUUAUAUCAACCUUGGAAAAAAUUAAGAUGUAUGGCAAAGGAAGUGACAACAUAGUUGGUUUGGCAAUGUUUAUGUUACUCUCCAACAAUCUGUCACGAAAGGCGGGGCCAAUUUGUGCCCGGGCCUUCUCGACAACAACUGCUGCCUUCACACACAGGAGCAGAAGCACUCGCAGCAAAAACAGUCACAACGAAAUGGCUUCCUUCAUCUUUCAGGAUUCCCGAAACAAGUGCUACUCGACAACAUCAAGUUUGUACUCUGGUGUGGUAGAUCAAGAUUUGGAUGCUGCUCUUGAUGAUUUGUUGGAAGGUACUUUCGAUAUGACGGAAGAUAUUGAUGGCGACCAAAUUGCGGCCGACUUGGUCUCCAGUGUAGACCUCGAAGAUGUGAGUCGUUUGUAAUCAUUUUCACGUGCGGUCAAAAUGAAGACAAUUUCUCUUCAAGUUGUGACGUCGUGUAGAUUCCGUAAUCAACAGAAUGUUUUGCACCGGUCGACGCAUUGACUUUCUACGAAACACCAACUCUUUUCAAAUCUCUCAACAAUCUUAUUUUUCGAUCUACUUUUGUUUUCUUGGUUGUUGAUUAACGAUAUAGGAGGGACCAAUCGACUACACUGACCCCAAAUUCUUGUCGACGAGCAAUCCUCGUUGGACCAAGGCAGGCUUGGAUCAACGAGUGAUUGAUGUCUUGAGUGGAAAAGGUAUUGUUCGAUUCACUCCUGUCCAGGGUGAGGCUUUCGAUCCCGUUGUAGCGGGACGUGAUGUGAUCGGGCGUUCUCGAACCGGUACGGGUAAGACUUUGGCCUUUGGACUUCCCUCUAUCACUCGUCUCGUAAAGUGGAUGGAAGAAAAGGGCAUCCGUGAUCCUGCAACAGGACGCAUGCAAAGGGGCCGCGGAGUUUCGAUGUUGGUAUUGUGCCCUACGAGAGAACUUGCCAGACAGGUUCAAGAAGAGUUGAGUGCCGUAUCAAAGCCAUUGGGUUUGUUUACUGACGUUUUCCACGGAGGUGUCUCAUACGACCCACAAAGCAGAGCACUACGCAAUGGAUUAGAUAUUUUGGUAGGAACUCCCGGGCGUAUUAUUGAUCACUUGGAUCGCGGAACUCUACGAUUGAAUGAGUGCGACUUGGUCGUUUUGGACGAAGCCGAUGAAAUGUUGUCCAUGGGAUUUGCGGAAGACGUCGAAACCAUUUUGGAUGGUUUGGGCGAAGACAAUGGAAAGAAACCCCAAUGCCUUCUAUUCUCGGCAACUACACCGCCAUGGGUGAAACAAAUUGGUCGUCAGUACCAGGAAGAUGUCAAAUCUAUUGACGCUACAGGUGAUGCCGGUGGUUUGCGAGUAGCCAGUACAGUCAGGCACACAGCAAUCCAGUGUCCUUGGGGUGUUGAAUCCAAGAAAGCGAUUCUGGAGGAUAUCAUUGCCAUUGAAAUUUCAAAAGACAUUAAAGACGUCGCGGAAGUUUUCGAGGACAGCGAUAGUGACGACGAUGAGCCAAUAAACGAAAUUGCAGCUGCUGCAAUCGCGAAGAAAAAUGCUGAGAACAGCGCGGUGCAGCAGAAGAUCUUUGGGAAGACCAUUGUGUUCACUGAAACUAAACGUGCAGCAGAUGAACUGGUUUCCGGUGGAAUCUUCAAGAGCUUGACAGCACAAGCUUUGCAUGGGGAUGUUGGUCAGAAACAACGUGAUGCUACCCUCGCUGCAUUCCGUGCAGGAGCUUUCAAUGUUUUGGUUGCCACUGAUGUUGCGGCACGAGGUAUCGACAUCAAAAACGUUGAUCUUGUCAUCCAGUUUGAUCCACCUCGUGAUGUUGACACCUACGUGCAUCGAUCCGGUCGUACUGGUCGUGCCCAGACAAACGGAGUUUCCGUGCUGAUGUUUUCACCUAAUCAGCAGUCAGAUAUUGUGCGAAUCGAGCGUGAUCUUGGCCACGGCUUUCAAUUUGAGUUGUCGGGACCACCUUCGACUACAUCGGUAUUGAAAGCGGCCGCCAAGACAUCUGCUGUUGCCUCGAUGGAGAUUCCAGAUGAAACCGCUGAGUAUUUCAAGGACUCUGCUGCAGCUCUUUUAAAACAUGGUGAUCCUGAGGAGGUUGUUGCGCGUUGUUUAGCCGCAAUUUCCAAACGAACCAGUAAGGCGGAAAGCCGCUCGCUACUUACAGGCGAAUCUGGGCUCGUGACUCUCGAAAUGAGUAAUAAUCGCGGAAGACCAGUUUCCGCUGGUGACGUGAUGUUCACUGUCGGAAAGUUAGCUCGUAUGAGUCAACGAGAAGGAGACGAUGUCAGCUUUGAAAGUGAUGUUGGAAAGAUUCAACCCAAUCACGAGCAAGGAAUUUGUAUUUUUGAUAUGGAUAUCGAAGAAGGAAAAAAAUUGGUCGAAUUCGCCAAGGGAGUAGAAGCGGGAGGAGCCGACAUCAGAAUCUUGGAAGAGCUUGAAGUCAAUCGUGGUCGCAACUUUGGUCAACGAUUAGGUCGUGGUGGCCGCGGCGGCAGAGGCGGCAGAGGUGGUAGAGGAUACCGAGGCAAUAAUGGUCGAGGAGGUAGAGGUGGUAGAGGAGGAUAUGAUCGUGGGGGUCGUGGUAACCGAAGCGGCUAUGGCGGUGGUGGUGGCCGCGGGUACAGACGCGAACAGCGUUAUUCCAGUCACGAUCAAAGGUAAGAACGAACACCGUGAACAUUUAAUAUUUAGUUGGUCAUGUUCCAGUAUUUUAGUUGUCUGACAAUACCGAGCAUCCUUUUCAACGUAGAGGAUCAAAUCGUUAUGACAGAAGAGGUAGAGGAGACCGUGGUGGAUACAACCGUGGUGGGGGCGGUGGAUAUGAUAACGAUGGAUGGUAAAUCCUUCCAACGUGACAUCAAAGAAUACGGUAAAUCAACGUGAUUUUGAGUGUUCAAGGCUUCCAUUUUGGGAUACUUUUUAGAAAUGUUCUGUCCUACUCGCAACUUGAUUCAUCCCAAACGAAUACGACAAAGAUUCGUGUCACGAAAGCCUGAAUUCAAUGAAUUUUGUCAACAGAUCAUUUGAGGAGUCUGAAAUCACCAUAUCACCAAAAUGAUCGUCACUGGAAUUAAGAAUGACGAUAACUACCGUACUUCUGACGAGACACGCCAUUACUUCGAAUUGAUACCGACAAAGUAAAGCAUUUUUUGCUUUUAUUUGGUAUUAGUCGUUUAUGGAUUCUUUCGUUACAAUAAUAGUAAAUAUCUUCAUCGCAAAUUGUUGAAGUCCAUUUCACUUUCAAUUGGCAGCACUUAGUGUUACAGCGAUAUAGCGCCCUUAUUGCUUCGAAAAAGAAAGUUCAUCAACUUAAUCAGGAUAGCUUGGGUGUCAGAAGGUUCCUGGAACAGAGCAUGCAGAAGAAAACGUGUCUUCAUCUCGUGUCACUAUUGUCAAAAUCAAAUGUCAGCAAGUUUUGACUGUUGUUCUCCCCUCACAUCUCUAGUAUAGUGUCCAAAUCAUUGAAGAUAUCGGAAAGCAACAAAGAGAGCGAGGCCGUGUUUUCCUGAUCAGGAUCCACAAUGCCAACUAUGUUCUUUGUUUUACGCUCCAGCUCUUGCAGGUGUUUCGUUUUUUUCACGGUGGUAUUCGUGUGUUUCUUCUUAGACUGCUGCCAAACUAACUGCUGCUGCAAUAUUAAUACAAGUUGUUCCCAGAGACAAUCCACGCCUAGAUUGCGUGAGAGAGGACAUGUGAGCGAAGAAGAGGAUAACGUUUGGACCGAAGGCCCACAUUCACGUAUGUGCAACGCUAUGAGAAGGAUCGAUGUGUCCCAAGCGCUCUGGGCCAAUCGAGUGCGCCGAUUUCCGGCCGAUCGGACUAACUGCACAACAAGCGGCACCAAUCUAGGAAUUGCGUUCAUCGUCGUCGGUUUUCGCGUCAGCGCCGACGAAGAUUCAUUGCCUCCCUCGACGACCCGGUAGAGCUGGGAAAAAUGUUCUCUGACGACCAACACCCCUUCGAAUGCCAUCCUUCGUUCCUCUUCUGUUUCGUAACACUGUAGGAUGGAUUCGAGUGGGGUUUUGUCAUCUUGGUUGGCUCCAUUCUGCUGCUGGUAAAUGACAUCGCAAUAAUCUGCAUCGAGAAGCUCCGAAAACCAUUUCUCGAGCACGGAAGUUGAUCCCUUGCUCCCGACGUCGAUUGUUUUCUUCUGUUCAUGCUGCUGCCGCCGUUGCUGUCGGUGUUGUUUUCGUUGAAGGAGAUAGAUCCAGGCACACCGACGAUGUUCCAAUGUCCAGGAUCGCAUGCCCAGCAUUUGCAACUGCUCAUCGCCGUUGUCAUUUCUCCCGCUACCGUCCUCACGUUUUCGAAAGUGUUGUCGCCUUAAAAACAGGCGUUCCAAAUCUUGCUGGAACUUCAAGAUUCCACCCUCGGCAUGGAUUGGAGCCUUUGUGGCAACGCUAGGAUCCUCGUUUUCUUCAUCAUUGGUUGACCCGGUAAAAGUCUGACAAAAAUUUCCUACGAAACCGUUAUUGUCGAUUUCGUUUUUCGAUGCCGAUGAAACCCGAACAUGAUCUUUCUUUGCAGCAUGCAGUAUUCCUCCCUCCCUGACCUCUUCGUGACCGGUUUUCCGGGUCGUAGAGACCUCCUUGAGAAACAAGGAGGAAGAAGACGAUGGUGUUUCUUUGUCGUCUUGCGUUCUGCCUGGUACAGAUAUGAGAGGCAACACUAAGCUUUCCGUCACCAGCGCUGGCGCGGAAAGUUCGGAUCUUUGCUCUUCCCGAGGGGCUGAAGUUAAGGUUCCAGUAACAUUUUGGUUGCAAGUGUCUGUUGUUUCUUCUGAAAGAAUACUAAUCAAAGGUUUCUUGCUCU